AUGGAGCACCUGGGUCCGCACCAUCUCCACCCAGGCCACGCGGAGCCCAUCAGCUUCGGAAUCGACCAGAUCCUCAACAGCCCAGACCAGGGCGGCUGCAUGGGGCCAGCCUCGCGCCUGCAGGACGGAGAAUACGGCCUUGGCUGUUUGGUUGGAGGCGCCUAUGCCGAGGUGGCCAGCCGGGAGUCAGAUGCUAGGAAAGACCAGGUCCUGGCGCCCCCACCACCACCCCUGCACACACACACCGCCGCCGCCUCAUCUCUCUCUCCGAGCCCACUUGCCGCCGGCCCAGUGGAGACCCGGGGCCAGACGGAAGCGGCGGAGCUGGCGGGUUUCUUCCCAGACUGCCGGCUUCGUCUGGCCUCACUUCCCACUGCCCUGAGUGUUCCGCGCAUCCGAGACUGCGGUCUUCACGCCCGGGGGCCCCCAAGUCCACUGGAUACCAACCGCGAAUUUAACCUGAGCCCCCAGCCACGCUUCAGAGAGCAGACGCGGAGGCACGGGCCGCUGGGGAAUACAACGUGGGACUCUCAGGGGCCUCUGGCUCUAGGGGUGGCCCUCUCACCCUUCACUGUAACACGCCGUAUAGGUCACCCCUAUCAGAACCGGACGCCCCCCAAGAAGAAGAAGCCGCGCACGUCUUUCACGCGCCUGCAGAUCUGCGAGCUGGAGAAGCGCUUCCACCGUCAGAAAUACCUGGCCUCGGCCGAACGCGCCGCCCUGGCCAAGGCACUCAAAAUGACCGACGCGCAGGUCAAAACCUGGUUCCAGAACCGGCGGACUAAGUGGAGGCGGCAAACCGCGGAGGAGCGCGAGGCCGAGAGGCAGCAGGCGAACCGCAUUCUCCUGCAGCUGCAGCAAGAGGCCUUUCAGAAAAGUCUGGCGCAGCCGCUGCCGGCAGACCCGCUUUGCGUGCACAACUCGUCGCUCUUCGCCCUGCAGAACUUGCAGCCGUGGUCUGACGACUCGACCAAGAUCACCAGCGUUACGUCGGUGGCCUCGGCCUGCGAGUGAGCCUGACACUUCGCCAGUGAGACCCGGGGCCCAGCCAAGGGGUCGGAGUGAGCCAGGACUGUCUCCCGCUCCUCCCCGCCAGAGAGGAACCCCGGCCCGUCUGCACUGGUGUGCGCUGGCGCCCAUAAUG